AUGGCCUCCAUGUCAUAUGUGGUUGAUGUAUAUCCCACUGAAGAGGAAAUCGUAAGGAAUGAAGGCGAACUGAUCUGCCAGCUUUGUGGGAAAAGAUUUUCUAACAUCUCCGCUCGUCGUCUCCACGCUGUGAAAACCCACAGAAUUCUAUCGUGCGAAAGUGAUAGAAGAAUCUAUGAAAAAGUUCGGGACGGCCGUCCUCGGAGAUAUAUUUACCACUGUCCGGUAGAGCCAUGUCGCAAGAAAACUCUGAGAUUUGAUGGUAUGAGGAACCUAAAGCAACAUUAUAUUCGAGUACAUACGCGAAAAACCAUUCUGUGUAAGUGUGGGUCUGCAUUUGCUCUUCGAAAAGAUCUGCUUUAUCACGAAAAGAAGCGCUGCCUAUUACGAGAUCGUCCUAAAAAGCCUACGAAGCGAUAUGGGACAGACCUCAGUACUGAACAAAAACCUUUUUAUUAUAUUGAAACCCUGACUGUUCACUCUAAGAUGUUGAUGUUCUAUCAAUUAACUUUGGCUAAGGUUUAA